AAAUCAUAUCCGCAUCAAUUGCGUUUACGUUUAGAUUAUUACACAUUACAGCUGAGUCAUAAAUUAGAAUAUAUAUUCCUAAAGCUAAAAUCGAAUGUUAAUACACUUCCUUCCCCGAUUAUUAAUGCGGCACGUGACUUAAUCAAUAAUAUAAAAGAUUUAGUCUUAAGCCUCAAAUUAAACACUUUGAUUAUCUCGAUGGGAAACUCCUGUAAUUAAUACGGCUUAUAAUAGAAUUUAACUUUCGUCGAUUGUAUGCUACUUUAUUCUCAAGUUAGCCGUAUCUUGAAUAAUGAUAAUUAAAAGAAUGAAUUUUAUAUAUUAUUAUUUUUUUCUCUUGCGUAAAAUUUGACUAAUUGUUCCACUAACAUUUAAAUCGUAAUAUAUUCUUCCACCAGCGCGCAUUUUGAUCACGACACGUUGCCGCGGCAAUUGUUCCUCUAAUCACAAUCAUAACACACACACAGUGAUUACCCUACUCCGACCUGUGUACCUAUGUAGGUGUACGGUUCUCAUAUAUUGUGCCAAGGCGAGAGAGCAAACGAGAGAACGGAAGGCACAAAGUCCGAUCAGCCAAGAGGCUCACAAAGCUGAAUGGAUACUUUGGUGCGGUUGCUUCUAAAAACUCGGGGUUUAUCUACACUAUGGCUUCUCCUGUUACUAUCACCUACCAUUCUUGCCUCCUACAGCAUCGGCGUCGGAAGAGCUGACAGCACAGGACCUAUGGCGGAAAUUGUUUUUAUGGGAUAUGCGAAAAUGGAUCAGAAAGGAAAUGGUCUCCAUCUUCGGACGUUUUCCAGAGCUUUCAUAAUUGAUGAUGGUGUGGAAAGAUUCGUGUUUGUGAGCGUGGACAGCGCGAUGAUAGGAAAUGACAUCCGACAGGAGGUAUUGCGCAAAUUGCAUAUCCAAUUUGGUGACAUGUACACGGAGAGGAACGUGAUGAUUAGCAGCACACAUACACACUCGAGCCCGGGUGGUUUCAUGCUCGACGUGCUUUUCGAUUUGACCACAUUCGGCUUCGUCCGGGAAUCCUUUGACGCCAUCGUUAAUGGUAUAACGAAGAGCAUCGAACGGGCUCACGAUGCCGUUGUGCCUGGAAGGAUUCUCAUUAUUCACGGUCAAGUUUUAGACGCCAAUAUUAAUAGGAGUCCGCAGGCGUAUCGCAACAACCCGAAAUCAGAAAGAGAUAAGUACGAGCAUGACGUAGACAAAAUUUUAACACAAAUGCAAUUUAUCGGAGCCGACGAUAAGCCUCUCGGGGUCAUAAAUUGGUUCGCCGUACAUCCGACUAGCAUGAACAAUACCAAUCGCCUAGUUUCCAGCGACAAUAUGGGCUACGCAUCAAUCCUUUUUGAGAAAAUGAUGAGCAAUAAUGCAGUGAUCGGCAAGGGCCAGUUUGUGGCAGCUUUUGCCUCGACCAACCUUGGUGACGUUUCGCCAAACACACGUGGUCCCAAGUGCGAAUUCUCUGGGAAGAACUGCUCCGACCAGUACACAUGUUCCGGAAAAAAAGAAAUGUGUUUCGCUUCCGGUCCUGGUAAGGAUAUGUUCGAGAGCACGAGUAUCAUCGCUCACAAAAUUUAUCAGGAAGCUACGAAAUUAUGGCGGAGCGACGGAGCGACGGAAGUGGCCGGACCAGUUCGCGUGGUUCACCAAUACGUCAACAUGCCGGAGCAAUCCGCGGAAUUCUACAACGAGACAACGGGCAAGCUCGAGGAGGUUCACGGCUGCACACCUGCGAUGGGCUACAGCUUCGCAGCUGGCACCACCGACGGACCAGGUUCGUUCUCUUUCGAGCAGGGGACAACAACGUCAAAUCCGUUUUGGAAUACCGUACGAAAUUUUCUGGCCGCCCCGACGAAAGACGAUAUUCGCUGCCAGGGCGCGAAACCUAUUUUGCUAGCCACCGGACGGAUGAAACUACCCUAUCAAUGGCAGCCAAAUAUCGUUUCGACUCAAGUAGCGAUAAUCGGAAACGUGGUCAUCGCCGGAGUGCCCGCUGAAUUCACGACAAUGUCCGGAAGGAGAUUGCGAGAGGCUAUCAAAAAAGUCAUGAAUGAUGCGUCCGACGACAAAACGUCCGUAAUAGUCGCAGGGCUCUGCAAUACUUACAGCGAUUACGUAACAACGCCCGAGGAAUAUCAAAUACAAAGGUACGAAGGUGCAUCAACGAUAUAUGGCCCGCAUACGCUUACAAUCUAUUUGAGACAAUACCAGGAGCUGGUACAAGCAGCUAUUCACAAAAAAUCUGUUUCACCGGGACCACCAGCUUCGAAGCUGCUUCACAGCAAUCUGAUUACUCUCGUACCCCCCGUUUUGUACGACACUCCGAGAUGGGGACGUAACUUCGGCGAUGUAAUCCAGCAGCCAUCGAAACUCGCUUCGCCAGGUGACACGGUUACGGCAAUCUUUGUCUCCGGGCAUCCGCGUAAUAAUUUAAUGACAGAUAGCACUUUCUUAACUGUGGAACGAUUAGAAGACGAUGAAGUUUGGUUGCCAGUAGCCACAGACGCUGAUUGGGAGACCAAAUUUCAAUGGACUAGAACUUCCGUGAUAUUGGGAUCGAGUCAGGUGACCAUUACAUGGGAAAUCCCACAGGACGUUAAGCCGGGCGAAUAUCGCAUUAAGCAUAACGGUUAUUACCGUUAUAUUCUUGGUGGCGUGUAUCCUUACUACGGUGUCACCAAUCAUUUUCGAGUGGAAGUUCCUGCACUACAAAACAUCCAUAAACGUUACUAUGGAUAAUGAUGGACAUGACACUUUACCGUCCCAUGUGCUUUCUUAGCCGAUAAGGAAAUCAUUACGCUUAAUUUAAUAUCGAAUUAAUUCCGCCAUGUAAUCGUCUAUGUGUAAAUAGAUAUUCUAUUUUGAUUAAAUGGUGGAUAUGAACGAGCAAA